UUUGGCGGGGGCCCAUAGACCGGAAAAGACAUCGAAGAAACCCUAGUAAUAUCUCAAAUGUCGCCAAACCAAGUGCCUCGUGGAGGGAGAAACGUAAUUCCAGUCAAAAGAAAAAUCUCCCUCUCCGUAGCCCGUCCCAUCGGCCAAAUGCUACAAAAACAUUGGUCUUAUUCCCAGUCUCACAAAACACGUUUUAUCCCUUUCGAUCUAUCCUCUUUUGUCUUGUUUUUCUCCGAAUGAGAUACAUAUGCUUGAAUUCAGGAAUAGUAUUCCAAAUGCGGCGCAAGUCACAGCUCGAACAAUCCCCAUCUACUAAUAUUUAAGCGUUUCCCUUUUGGAGUUGACAGAAAUAUGGCUGCGGAAUCCCAAUCGCAGAAGAAGAGUUACUGUCUCGUCGGAGAUGUAUAUCGUGGUGUCAUGAUUGUACCCAAGGAAUUGGACCUUUCUCCUACCAAGGAUCUCAUGCACCAUCAAAUUAACCUUCAACUCAAGUUCCCUGACGUUGGUCGAGCCUUUACCAAUUUUACCAGGACUAGAGAAGUCGGUGAAUUUCUCAGUGGUGCUUUGGCGGGGGCGAUGACCAAGGCUGUUCUAGCUCCUCUUGAAACCAUCAGGACAAGAAUGGUAGUCGGUGUUGGGUCCAAAAACAUUGGUACAAGUUUUAUUCAGGUUAUUGAGCAUCAGGGUUGGAAAGGGCUGUGGGCUGGUAACACAAUUAACAUGUUACGGAUAAUUCCUACACAGGCAAUUGAACUUGCUACAUUUGAGUGUGUCAAGCGAGCAAUGAAUUCGGCGCAAGAGAAAUGGAUAAAUACUGGCAACCCCAAGCUACAGAUUGGUAAUGCUAGCAUGAGCUUUUCUCUCUCAUGGCUGUCGCCAGUUGCUGUUGCUGGUGCUGCUGCUGGAGUUGCAGGCACACUUGCAUGUCAUCCACUUGAAGUGCUGAAGGAUCGGCUGACUGUGAAUCCUGAGGUCUACCCCAGUCUACGCAUUGCAGUUCACAAGAUUUGCAAAGAGGGUGGAAUUGGAGGCUUGUAUGCUGGACUUGGGCCAACAAUAAUUGGCAUGCUCCCAUAUAGCACUUGUUACUAUUUCAUGUACGAGACAAUAAAGAAAUCAUAUUGCCAAGCACAGCAGAAAAAAUCUCUUAGCCGUGCAGAGAUGCUUCUUAUUGGAGCUUUCUCGGGUUUAACAGCUAGCACUAUCAGUUACCCAUUGGAGGUGGCAAGAAAGCGGCUAAUGGUGGGUGCUUUGCAUGGUAAAUGUCCACCUCAC